AUGGCGUCGUAUCAACUUAAAAAAAGAACCAGCUUGAACGUAAAAGAAAAACUUAAAAUUGUAGAAGAAAUAAAAGAAGGCAAAGCGAGCAGAAAAGAAUUGUCUAUUAAAUAUAAUGUAAAUUUAUCUACAAUUACACGUAUUCUGCAAAAUGAAAGUAACUGGAAUAGUAUUGUUCAUCAAAACAAAAAUUUAAACACAAAAAGGUUGAGAAAAGGAAGUCAUCAUGAUGUAGAUCAAGCAAUGACAAAAUGGUUUACCGAAAAAAGGAUGCAAAAUGCUAAUAUAACCGGUCCAAUGUUAUUGGAGCAGGCAAAAAAAUUUGCUGAAAUUUUAGGUGUGAAUAAUUUUGAACCAAAUAAUGGGUGGCUUCAUAUGUGGAAAAAUAGAGAAAACAUUAAUUUUCAUCGGAUAAUGGGCGAAAAAAAUGAUGCGAACUUAGACGCUGCAAGAACGUGGACCAGUACAACUCUUAAAACAAUGCUAAAAGAUUAUUCACCCGAUUGCGUGUUUAACGCCGAUGAAACGGGGUUAUUUUAUAAGGCUCUUCCACAAGGUACGUUAGCUUUUGCAGGAGAAAAGGUUUUUGGGGGCAAAAUGCAAAAAAAUCGUCUCACUAUUUUAUUUGUAUGCAACAUGGAUGGUACUCAGAAAUACGCUUUUGUGAUUGGAACUCCGAAAAACCCACGUGCUUUUAGAAAUAAAGAAGUGCCCCUACCUUAUUUUUCUCAAAAGAAAGCGUGGAUGGUUUCUGAAAUAUGGAAUCAAAUUAUGAUUGACCUAAAUAAUAAAAUGAAGAAACAACAGAAAAAUAUUUUGCUUUUGGUUGAUAAUGCGGCAUGUCACAGAAUUGAUGUUGAAUUAAGUAAUAUAAAAAUAGAAUUUUUACCAGCCAACACUACUUCAAUUAUACAGCCUUUAGAUCAAGGAAUUAUCAGAUCUUUUAAAGCUCAGUACAAGACGUGUUUGGUAAGGAAGCAACUUUUUGCAUUAGAUAAUGGUCAAACUCUAAAGGAUUUUUAUAAAGAAAUUGACAUUUUAAAAGCAAUUCACAUGAUUAAGAGAGCAUGGGGGUUGGUUCAAUCUGACACUAUUAAAUCUUGUUUUAGAAAAGCUGAAUUUGUAAAGGACCAUGAAAGUGUUGACGAUAUUACUUUAGACAAUUGUGAGGUAGAAUCUGAUAAUUUUUGUAUGAGUGAAGAGGAGUUCCAAGAGUAUGUUGAGCUUGAUUCAAAUAUUCAAUGUUAUGGUGAAAUGACAGAUUCCGAAAUAAUUGAAGAACUAUUGGAGGAACCUGAAGCUGUAAAAGUAGAUGAUCCUAUUGAAAAUGAAGAAAUUUGUAAAAACUCUAUUGCCACCAAAAUCAAUAAUAUUGUAUUGAAUUGGUGA